AUGGUGCCCCAUUUCAUUGGUCGACAACAAAAAGUUGAAGAUAUCUCGCGUGCGUUGACGUCCAUAUCUGCUCGGCUGGUCCCCGUAUCUGGACCCCCUGGUUUUGGCAAAACCUCAUUGGCAAUUGCAGUAGGACACCAACUUAGACAGCUCGGACUGCCAGUUUAUUUCCUUUCCUUGAGAAGCGUCAAAACAGCGGAAGAGCUGACCUGUGACCUCUUAAACACCUUUGCAAAUGCGUCUGAUGUAACCAGCCGUGAGCGUUCAAAACUAUGCGGACUUCUCAGUGCGAUUCCUUCUAACAUCUGCAUCAUCCUCGAUAACGCCGAUGACCUUUUUCAGAGUAGUGGUCAAACGAGCCAAGAAGUUUUAGACCUUUUGGAAAAGAUAUUUUCUCAUUGCAAAAAUGUGUCCUUUCUACUGACCACAAGAGCGAGUUUCCAAUCGGUACUUGGAAGAAAAUUUGCUGAUCAUACGUCUGUCGCUGUUGUAUCGCUAGACCGGAAAUCGUCACAAAUGCUUGUUCAAGAACUUGUCCCUGCUGCUGAUGAAAGUGAAUGCUCCAGAGUGGCUGAGGUUUGUGGAGACGUUCCGCUGGCCAUCAAGCUUUUGUGCGGUCAAAUCGUUGACGAGAAGAAGAGUAUAUCUCAUUUCCUUGACAACUUUAGCGGUUCUUCAAAAAAGCUAGCAGACUUGCUGGACGAUCCAGAUGCGCCUAAUGAUCAACGUUUAAAUGUCUUGUUUGAGUCUUAUUUCAAAAGACUAUCUCAAGAAGAGCAAGAAGCUUUUGUUUGUCUUUCAGUUUUUGUCAGUGAAGUGUUUGACGCGCAAGCUGCAGUAAACGUUAUUGGAGGAGAUGAAAACACAGCAAAGAAAACUUUGUUGAGGCUCAAGAGAAAAUAUUUGGUUGAAGCAAAUUCCUCCGAAACAGUGUUAUUUUCCUUUCACCCUCUGAUCAGAUCAUUUGGUUCCGAAAAAUCAGUGGUUGACAUGAAUGAAAUUGCUUGCGAAGCAGAAAGGCGAUUCCUGAGUUAUUACGUCAAGCUGUUUGAAGAUUUAAACAACCAGUUUCUUGCUGGAAAUUCUCUGUUCGCAUUUCACGAUUUCGAAUUUAACAGAGAAAAUAUUGUGCAUAGUCUCUGCGAAGGUCUUCAAAACGAGGCUGUCUGCGACGCAAUUUUUGAUGUUCUUUCCGGCUCGGAUCUAUUUUUGGACACCAUUUUCUGCUUUGAACGUUGCUGGAUGUUUUUCAAAAUUUAUAAUUUAGCAAUAGCGAAGGCAAAAGGGCAGCGUAAAUUUAAAGCUCUCCACCAACUGGUAAUUGCUAAAGCUUUUGGUGGAAUAACCUGGGAUGAUGGAGAUACAUUGGCAUUACUAAAACAAGCCGAAGAAAUAGAGAAGCAAUAUCCUCUCCUUACUUCAGAAGUUGCUGUGCAGGGAAAACGAAUGUGUUACUAUGGUAUUAACCUGCUAAUAAAUACAGCGAAAGCGAAAGGAGGCGAAUUUCUUGAAACAGGGAUAUCUCUGUUGAGUUCUGAAAAUACUGUACUUAAGGUCUUAUGCUCCCAAAUUUUUGCUUUGAUAACUCCUCGCACAGAAAAAUGUUCCUAUUACCGGAACAUUGUUUUAACUGAAUGCGCUAACAGACCAACCUUGUAUGCUUUCUUCAAAGCUAUACAAGAAGAUGAUUGCGCUGACAAGAAAGAGAAUGAAAAGCCGAAAGCUUUAAAUCAACCAAUCAUUUUGCCGCUUGCUAUGGUCAUCUUCGGUAUUGCGUAUAAAAAGAAGGACAUGAAGGAGGUAAUGUAUAAACUUGGUGUGCCAAUCUCGCAGCUACAGAAAGAAGUCGAAACGGAAGCGCAGAGCGACCGUCCAUACUUGCCACUACUCUUCUUGGUUGAAUGCAUGCUGGGAAUGGUUAAAGUAAAACAAGAGAGUCCAGCAGCGCUGCAGCUCGUUGUUGAUAAUUUUAUAGACGAGAAUGGUCGAAUAAACCCGGAUACAGCCGAAAAGUACUACAACAUGGGAUUGAUUUUAUGCGAACAGAAAAAUUAUGACGCCUCUUUGAAAUCUCAUUAUGAAGCACUAGACAUCAGACUGAAGCUUUAUGGGCACAACCAUGAAGAUACCGCCGACAGCUAUUACCAGAUUGGACGUACCCAAUAUGAGAAAAAAGAUUACGAGUCAGCACUGCAAUCGUUCGAGCAAACACUUUAUAUCUGGCAAAAACUUCACGGGAAAAUCCACCCACACGUUUCCCGCACUUGUUAUAGCAUUGGAGAGACAAAGUAUCGCUUGAGAAAGAACGAUUCAGCUCUGCAUUGGCACCAGCAAGACCUGGAUAUUAGGGUGGCGCUGUAUGGAAAGGAAGACCCAGGCGUCGCUACAAGCUACUUCAGGAUUGCAGAAUGUCAGUGCGAAAUGCAAGAUUAUGAUUCUGCUCUGGAGUCAUGUCAACACGCACUUGAUAUCAGGUUAAAGCUUUUUGGACAGGAGAGCGGAGCUACAAGCAUCAGUUUUCACCAAAUGGAAAGGAUACGAAGUCAACUGAAAGUUACGAAGUCAACUGAAAGUUUGUAA